CGACACAUGCCCAUAGUCUGUCAUCUGUGGACUACCACAGCGACACUAGAAAUCUCUGUGGUGGGCAUGUCGGCUCGUUGAACUGUCUCCUGCUCACCUGUCAUCUUUCUUGCAGUCCGUGUCCAAGUGAACAGCGGCGGGUGGUGCUUAUAGAGCCGACGUGGCGGGUACAGAGGGAGAGUGUGGUCGACCAGACACCAUGGGUAGCAGAAGGAUGUUGGGACUGUUCUUGCUGGUGGUCCUGGCAACUCUGUGUGUCCAACCCUGCGGUAGCGAUGAUCCUGAGCUAAGCGAUAACAAAGCCGACGAAGGUGGAAUAUUCAGCUUCACAUUAUCUUCUCCUUUUCUCUUUUGGUCUGACGAUGAGUACGAGGUAAACGAUAACGUUUUUGUAGAAAAUACAGCUAGUCAAGGUAAGGGUGACAAGGAUAACACAGAUGAUAAUCAUGGUGACAAAAGCCAGGUCAAAGAUAAAGAGGAGUCAGGCAAAGAAGAAGAUAAACAAACUGAUGACGAACGCGGCGAUGCGGCGGUUAGUGUCCUCAAAGAAUUGGACGACGACGAUGAAGACGAAGUCGCACAAAUGGACCAGUUGAUCGAUGUAGAUGAGAGGUUCAAGGGUCAACGAAGGCUUUUCAAACGGGCUUCCGAUGACAAGGAUGCUGCAGGCUCCAGAAAGAUGCUGAGGGAUGCCGCACACAACGACAGUGUGGCUUUGCAGGACUCCUUCCUCUGUCCACAGACACCAGACAUGCAACAACUCUCCUACUACAUGGACACUUGUCACAACUGUCUGGUGCAGACAGACAAACACAGUUGUCCACUACACGAGGCAGCGUUGGAGCUAAAGAAGCAGAUGACUGAGCUGCAGGAACUUCUCAGCUACGGCUGUCGUAUGGGAUGCAGCAGCAUGACAGUCGGUGCUGCCACAACUCCGACUUGACCCUGCUGAGCGCCGUGCAGGAUAUGACGAAGUUGACGGAGCAAAUGCACAAGAUCUUUCUGGAAUCCUGCUCCUCCUGCCCCAGAGACGGAGGGUGGAGUGAGUGGUGUGAGUGGGGGCCCUGCUCAGUCACCUGUGGCGAAGGCACGCGAACGCGCAGCAGGAAGUGCAACAACCCGACCGUCAAGGGCAACGGGCGACCGUGUCAGGGGCCGGACAGGGAGUCAACUCCCUGCUUCUCGCCCUCCUGCUGCGCCUGGAGCUCGUGGGGAGCUUGGAGCGACUGCGCGGUCACGUGCGGACAAGGAACGGUGGAGAGGAGAAGAUCCUGUGUCUCGCCAACGGAUCCUUUCUGCUCUCCGUCUCAGUGUCCAGGAUCCAGCGUUGAGAGGAGUCAGCGUCAGUGUGGUCCUGAUCC